AUGAUCGAUAAAUUAUUAGUAUUUUUUAUUUUUUCAUUUUAUCCAUUUGUUCAAACAGUAAAAGAAGUUGUUAUAUUAGAUACACGUCAAGCUCGAGAUUAUUUAAAUUGGUAUAAAAUAGCAUCAAAUGGAAAUCUAAAUGAUGGAUGGGGUGAAUUAAGUUUUGAGGCAAAAAUGUUUCCAACACUUUUAUUAUCAUCAUCAACAUCAACAUUAUGGCGUACACAAUAUGUAUGUGAUAUAACAUCGGAACGUCGUGUUGAUAAUUGGUUACGUUCACCAUAUUUUAAACGUCAACAAGCACAUCGUAUUGAAAUCGAACUUGGAUUUUCUAUCCGUGAUUGCUCAACAUUUCAAACACCAAAUGAAAUACGUUCAUGUCGUGAAACAUUUGAACUUUAUAUACAUGAAAAUGAUUAUGAUGAUAAUAAUCGUGUAUGGUCAUCAUAUAAAUUAGUUGAUAUGAUCGCUGGAAAUCGUUUUACAUCAAAUAAUUAUGGUACACAAACAUCAUCAAAUCGAAACAAUUUAACAGUUAAUGUUAAAACACGUGGUAUAUCUGUUAAUAAAAAUGGAUUUUAUAUUGCAUUUCGUGAUCAAGGUGCUUGUAUAUCAUUAUUAUAUGUUAAAAUCUUCUAUCGUUUAUGUGAAGAAAAAUCAAUUGGUCUUAUACAUUUUCCUGAAACACCAACUGGUUCACAUUUAACCGAUAUUGUUGAACGUGAUGGAUUUUGUUCGAUAAAUUCAAAAAUUAUUCGAAAACCAUUAGGUUUUUGUAAAGGAAAUGGUGAAUGGACAUUUCAAGAAACAUCAUUACAUGAUAGUUGUCAUUGUCAACAGGGUUAUGAAUUACUGAUUGAUAAUAAUAAUUAUAUAAAUAAUAGUUUCUUAUCUCGUGCCAUUUGUAAGGUUUGUCCAAUUGGAACAUUUAAAUCAAAAAUAAGUAAUGACUAUCGAUGUGAACCAUGUCCAUUGAAUAGUCAUACAAAAGAUAAAGGUUCAUCAUUAUGUACAUGUAAUGAUCGAUUUUUUCGUUUAAAUUCAUCAAUAAUCAAUUCAUCGUGCAUUAGUGAACCAAGUGAACCUGAAAAUGUAACAAUUGAUGAGAUUGAUCAAAUUUCAGUUCAAAUAUCAUGGAAACAAUCAAAUGAUAGUAUAUAUCAUAUCGAAUGUACACCUUUAAUAUCUUGUGAAUCAUAUAUAAUCUAUCAACCAGGUCGAACAUUUAUUAAUGGAUCAAGAGUAAAAAUGAUUGGACUUCAUGAUAAUACAGAAUAUAGAAUAAAAAUAUAUACUGAACAAAUGUCAACACAUUUAUUAAGUAAAUCUACUGAUUUAUCAUUUAAAACGAAACCUUCAAUAUCAAAACAAAUUCGUGAUAUAAAUAUUCGACGAGUUACAUUUGAUACAGUUGUAAUAACAUGGUUAUCAGAUGAUUUCGAUCAAUAUCAAAUACGUUAUUGGUCAUUAAUAGAUGAAAAUAAAAAGAUGCUUGUUCAAUUAUCAAUGAAUAAUUUUACAUUAGUAACAAAAACGGAUAUUUAUAAAUUUCAAAUACGUGCUCAUAAUAAUUUUGGUUGGACUGCAUUUACACAAGAAAUAAUUAUUUCUUUACGUGCAAUAUUUAUUGAUCAACCUAUACCAUCGGCUUUAACAAAAAAAUUUGUCGAUAAUAAAAAUAUUCUUUUUAUUAGUCCUUUAAUUAUUCUUAGUUCAUUAAUAACUAUUAUUAUAUUAGCUGUUAUUUAUAUAAAAAAGAAACGUUUUUGUCGAUUAAAAACAGCAAGUGAUUGUGAAUCCUUGGAUUAUCAAAAACGACAAGUCAGUGGACAUUAUGGACCUGAUGUAUUCUUUAAUUCCGGUUGGACAGCACCAUUAUGGCCUUCAUUGAGUACAACAUCAAAGACUUAUGUUGAUCCUCACACAUAUGAAGAUCCAACAAAAGCUGUUAAUGAUUUUGCACAUGAACUUGAUCCAAAUUUAAUUGUCAUUGAAUCCGUUAUUGGUGGAGGAGAAUUUGGUGAUGUCUGUCGUGGUAAACUACGUAAAGCAAAUAUGAUGAAAGAUAUACCAGUAGCAAUUAAGACAUUAAAAGCUGGUGCAAUAGAAAAAACUCGUUUAGAUUUUUUAUCUGAAGCGAGUAUUAUGGGACAAUUUGAUGAUGAAAAUGUUAUUUAUUUGGAAGGUGUUGUUACAAAACAUCAACCAAUUAUGAUUAUAACUGAAUAUAUGGAAAAUGGAUCGUUGGAUACUUAUCUUCGAACAAAUGAAGGAAAUAAAUGUCUUGAUACAUUACAAUUAACACGUAUGUUACGUGGUAUUGCAUCCGGAAUGAAAUACUUAUCUGAAAUGAAAUAUGUUCAUCGAGAUUUAGCAGCACGCAAUAUUCUUGUUAAUAAAGAUCUUAUAUGUAAAGUAGCUGAUUUUGGUUUAAGUCGUGAAAUAGAUGAAGCUGAAAGUUAUACAACAAAAGGUGGAAAAAUUCCUAUACGUUGGACAGCUAUGGAAGCAAUUGACUAUCGAAAAUUUACAUCAGCUUCGGAUGUAUGGAGUUUUGGUGUAUUAUGUUGGGAAGUUGUUUCAUUUGGUGAAAGACCGUAUUGGAAUUGGUCAAAUCAAGAUGUUAUUAAAGCAGUGAAAAAAUCAUUUCGUCUUCCACCACCUAUGGGAUGUUCUGAUCUACUCUAUAAAUUAAUGCUUGCAUGUUGGAAUGAAAAUCAUUUACAAAGACCAAAAUUUAGUGAAAUUGUUCAACAGUUAACACAAUUCAUUCUAGUACCCAGUGGACUUAUUCCAUUAGCAAAGCAAAAACUCGUCUUUGUCAAUCAUCCAGAUGAACCAAAUAUUGCUCAGUUAACAUCAAUUAUUGACUGGCUUCAUAAUCUUCAAUUAGAUCGUUUCAUACAUUUAUUUACAAAUAAUGGUUAUACAAAUCUUUCACAAAUAUGUCAUUUUAAUUCAUUAGAUUUAAAUGAUAUUCUUGGUAAUGAUUUUACAUUUGAUGAACAAACUCGUCUAUUAGAUAGUUUAAAUCAUAUACGAUCACAACUUGUAUUAACAUCAUCGAAAUCAUUAUUGACUGGUGAAGGUUAUCUUGUAUAA